ACGGCGCUACUUUUAAACCACUGAAAGUAGACGUUGCAAUGGCCCGCUAAGAUCGACGGUCCGUGUCCGACCUCUCUAGCAUUUUUCUAGGGCUCUUGGGCGCCACGCGCAGAGAUUUCGCGGCGAAGGGGCGAGCUAUGAAGCGGUCGCAGUACAAGGGGACUCCACAUCCAAAGAAGCGCAAUCCUCUCGAUGUCAUCACCAACAAGCAGCCGGAUCCGGGAGGCAAGAAAUCGUCCAGCCCUUUGAGGCGGCUCCAUGUCGUCCACAGCUCCGUGGCUCGGCUGAUCGAGAGGAUCGACUCGCUGGUUACUGGAAUCCACAAGAAGAAGCUCUCCGAGAAGCUGUCCGUGGAGGAGAUCGAUAAUUUCACGCGAGCGAUGUCUAGCGUCGAGGACACGCUCCAGGACUGGCACCGAUUUUUCUUGGAGGUGGCAAAGCGUCCAGAGAGAACCGUGGAGAGUAGACUCGGCCGAGAAGACGUGACCAACGACGAUCUCAUUCCCAUCGUUCCCACCGUCGAGAAAAUGCUCGGCCUGAGCGAUUCGCCGCUGGUUCCCGGAGCUCGAGAUGAUUCCAGGAAAGUUUUGCACUUCACCCCCGAGCUCUCGUCCGCGAGCAAGCGAAACCCGAGCUCUUCCAACUUGAAGAAGGUCCGUUUUGGAUCUCAAGCAGCGACGCCAUCCACUUCCAACAGCACCAAGCGAGUCUCGUUCGCGAACACCCCCGAGACAAUCACUCCGGCCAUGCCUUCGCCACCCCGAUCAGUCCGUCUUCGUCGACCAAGUGUGAGCAGCUCCUCGUCCUGCCUAUCGACGCCAUCGUUUCUUCUUCGAUCGGCCCAGAGUCCAUCGUCGGUGGAGCUCGCAACGCCCCAGCCGGCGGACAUUCUCAACAAGUAUCCCCGACUCUUCUCCAAUGCGUCCAGGUCUUCGUCCACAACUCUCUCUCCUCCGAAGACGUGCAAGCUUCUGCGGCCCCCGGAAAGCUCCAGCGAUCGAGAGAUCCACUCUCCAAUCGCCCUUCCUCCACUCAGUCCCUUUCGAACUUCAGGCCUCGUUCUUUGUUCCCCUUCACUCGGGGAGAGCCCUGUCUCGGAUCCAGGAAGCAUGGACGUGACUUCCAAGCUUUCAGCCAUGAGCUUGUAGAAUCUGUAGUUCCUGUCCUUACGACGUUCUGUGUAAGUUUCUCUGGUUGGUAUUAUAACCUUUUACACUUCCACCA